AGACUGCUGAGGGCGGGUCUUCUGCGGGAAAGUGGGCGUGACCUAGAGGGGAAAUCGCCGAGAAUGCAGCCGAGGUCCUAGCCCGGGAAAACGCCCUCUGCGGUGAAGGAGAGAUCACGCCGCCAUGCCGCCCUUUGGGCCCCGCGCGGCCCUCCUCCUGCCACCGCUGCUGCUGCUCCGCGCUGUUCUGACCGUGCCCCUGGACCGGGGGACGUCCAAGGAGGAGAGCCCCGCGACCGAGAGCCCCGACACGGGCCUGUACUACCACCGGUACCUCCAGGAGGUCAUCAACGUGUUGGAGACGGAUGGGCACUUCCGAGAGAAGCUGCAGGCCGCCAAUGCUGAGGACAUCAAGAGCGGGAAGCUGAGCCGAGAGCUGGACUUCGUCAGCCACCAUGUCCGAACCAAGUUGGAUGAGCUCAAACGGCAGGAAGUGUCGCGGCUUCGGAUGCUGCUCAAGGCCAAGAUGGACGCGCAGCAGGAGCCCAAUGUACAGUUGGAUCACCUGAACCUCCUGAAGCAGUUUGAACAUCUGGAUCCUCAGAAUCAGCACACCUUCGAGGCCCGGGACCUAGAGCUGCUGAUUCAGACGGCCACCCGGGACCUUGCCCAGUAUGAUGCAGCCCAUCAUGAAGAGUUCAAACGCUACGAGAUGCUCAAAGAACACGAGAGACGCCGUUACCUGGAGUCCCUGGGAGAAGAGCAGCGAAAGGAGGCAGAGAGGAAGCUGGAAGAGCAACAGCGACGACACCGGGAGCACCCGAAAGUCAAUGUGCCUGGCAGCCAAGCCCAGUUGAAGGAGGUGUGGGAGGAGCUGGAUGGAUUGGAUCCCAACAGGUUUAACCCCAAGACCUUCUUCAUACUGCAUGAUAUCAACAGUGAUGGUGUCCUGGAUGAGCAGGAGCUGGAGGCCCUCUUCACCAAGGAGCUGGAGAAGGUGUAUGACCCCAAGAACGAGGAAGAUGACAUGCGGGAGAUGGAGGAGGAGCGGCUGCGCAUGCGGGAGCACGUGAUGAAAAAUGUGGACACCAACCAGGACCGCCUCGUGACCCUGGAGGAGUUCCUCGCAUCCACCCAGAGGAAGGAGUUUGGGGACACAGGGGAGGGCUGGGAGACAGUGGAGAUGCAUCCUGCCUACACGGAGGAGGAGCUGCGGCGCUUCGAGGAGGAGCUGGCCGCCAGGGAGGCAGAGCUGAACGCCAAGGCCCAGCGCCUCAGCCAGGAGACGGAGGCUCUGGGCCGCUCCCAGGGCCGCCUGGAGGCCCAGAAGAGAGAGCUGCAGCAGGCCGUUCUGCAAAUGGAACAGAGGAAGCAGCAGCAGCAGGGCCCUGAUGCGCCAGCCCACGGCCCUGAGGGACAGCUCAAGUUCCAGCCCCAAAACACAGAUGACGCUCCUGUCCCCGCUCCAGCCGGCGACCAGAAGGAUGCGGCUGCUUCAGAACAGAAGGCCCCUGAACAGUCCCUCAAGCUUCCCCAGCCAGAUGCCCAGCACCUGUGAUCCCCCAGGACCGCGGCACUCUGGGUUCCUGCUGACGCAGAUGAUGGGGGGAUGGUGAGGUGUCGCAGUCAGCCUCCCCCGAGGACAACACGUGUGGCCACCUAGGGGACGCGGGACAGGGUGGUGGCACUUCCCACAUUGCUCCCCAGAGCCCACUACUGCUGCCUCAGCUCCCACAGUCUCCCAGCCUGUGGUCCCUGCUCUCCAUCCCCCUCCAGGGAGCGGCCUGCACCUGCUCAGCCGGCACUCACAGGGCCAGCCAGCCGAGGGAAGCCACCUCCCCGCCCCCCGAGAGGGUCUGCUUCGUCCCUGCCUUCUUAGAUGGACUGGCCUCGCUGCCCCAGGCUGGCGCCCCUCUGGCCCCCCGCACCCCACAGAGCUGCUGCUCUGGGCCCCGCUUCCGUUGGUUUACGAGGCUUGGAUGGUCCCUGAGACCUUUCUCUACCUUUUGUGGGACCAGCGACGCCUCGAAGGCUGCAUCAACCCCGUGGCUGGGUCGGGGGCCGCAGAGUCCUGGGCAGAGCCGACCUACGCUGACACCAGGAGGCCUGACUCUCCCUGACCCCUGGCUUUCAGCCUCUUCAGCCUCAGGCUCCUCCCUGACGGCUCCACGGCUCAGCCCCUCGCCCCCUCGCCCCCUCGCCCCCUCACCCCCUCCCCACGCAGCCACAGAAAAUCUCAGAACUGACCCCGCCAGGGGCAGUUUCCAACCCCUGAGCCUCAGUGGGAAGCCCACGCCCGCCUUUCUGGCCUUACCGCACACUGUUGUGUAACCUGCUGUGUACUCCGGUUCCAUCCAAUACGCUUUCUGGAACAAAUCCAUGCCUCGGUUUCUUUGUAUAUACAGUCCCUUCUGAAAUCCUAUCCCCACUUCACC